GUCAACAAUCAGAAUGCUCGACAUGUUACCACAGACGACAGAAACAAAAUGGAAGUCGCAGCUUCACCAUAUCUAGAUUCAAAUUCUGGGUUAAAGGAAUUUCGCGAUCAGCUGAACGAAAUUAGGGAACAAGAACUAUUUUGUGAUGUGAAAAUCAGACUGAACAAUGGUGAAAAUUGUACUCUUUCUGUGCACAGAGCCAUUCUGGCAAGCUGCAGUCCAUUUUUCAGAUCUCUUUUCACGUCUGCCAUGGCGGACUCCAAGAAGGUGGAGAUUCUUCUUCCAGAAAUCUCAAAAGAAGAGAUAGAGACCAUAAUACAGUUUGCGUACACGAACCAAGUUGAUCUGUCACCAGAUACGAUAGAGUCAAUUUUCAUCGCAGCAGACAGACUUCAUGUAUUGGGACUUCUAAAAUUAUGUGCUAAUUACCUUGAAGAAAAUGUCGACCCAUUAAAUGCUGUUGGUGUUUACAGACUUGCGCACCAUUGUCACUGCAGAUUUCUGGAAGUUCGGGUGGAGAACUACAUUGUGACACACUUUGAUCAAGUUUGGAAAGAAAGUGCAGAAUUCCUGCAGUUGCACAUUAACGAGUUGUUGCCUAUACUGCAACACAAUCGGUUGAAUGUACCCACAGAAAAUAUGGUGGUCCAGGCUUCUAUGAGAUGGGUACAUCACUAUCCAAAACGAAAGAGACAUUACUAUGAUCUGCUAGCAACCGCCAGAUUAGGAAGAUGUGACAAAUUUUUCAUCGAAGACGUUAUUUUGAAGAAUAAGACAAUUAUGGCCCAAAAAGCCUGUCGUGAUUUGGUCUAUAAAGCUUAUGCUAUGAGCCAAUUCACUUUGCUACAAAAAACUCAGAAUUAUCUGAAUGCUCCGUGUUACAUGUUAAUGCCCAGAAAUCCACAUGGAGUGAUCUUCAUUCUUGGUGGUUGGACGAACGAUAGUGUUUGUGGACAUAUGGAAUCGUAUGAUAAUCGGGUUGGUAGGUGGUACUCCUUAAAAACGACGGUGGAAGAAAAACCGUUGGCCUAUCAUGCCCUUGUUACUCAUGGACGUUUUGUUUAUGUAAUCGGGGGCUUUACAACAGCUACAUGCUUGAACACAGUCAAACGAUGGGAUCCACUUGAAGAGCAAUGGGAAGUCAUAGCUAACAUGCAUGAUAAAAGAUGUUAUGUUGGUGCAGCUGCUAUUGAUAAUUAUGUAUACGCUUGUGGAGGAUUUGAUGGAGAAACAAGACAUAGUUCUGCUGAAAAAUACUGUCCACAAAAGAAUCAAUGGUGCUACAUCGCUCCGAUGAGAUCGAUCAGAAGUGAUUCUGGUGUUUGUGCCCUCGAUGGUCUUCUGUACGUCUGUGGUGGUUUUGAUGGUGGAGCAUGUUUGAUUAGCACAGAAGUUUACUCCCCAAAAACAAACCAAUGGACAAUGAUUGAGGACAUGGGGAUACAUAGAAGCGGGGUAGCAGUUGCUAGUUUUGAAGGCUAUAUUUAUGUCCUUGGUGGUUUUAAUGGACUUCAAAGAUUAGGCUCAGUGGAGCGGUAUCAUCCCGCCACUAAAAAAUGGUCGACAGUGAAUGGCAUGUCCCAUUCUAGGAGUAACUUCGCCAUAACAACUCUUGAGAGGAAGAUUUAUGCUAUUGGUGGCUUUAACGGUACGUCAACAAGCAAUACCGUAGAAUGUUACGAUAUAGAUAAAGAUGAAUGGACGACAGUAAAAAAUCUAGUUGUAGGACGCAGUGCUACUAGCGCCUGUACCGUAUAUGGACUACUAAAUGUCAUGGAUUAUACUUUUUUCACGAAGGACUUACCUUACCAGCAACGCUCUAACGCGAUAAGCACCAGAGUAUAAUAAUAUCCAGCUAUCCGAUUCAGCUAGAUACAAGUUACGGCAUUAGGACCAUGACGUUUUCUAUGGUUUGCUGAGAAACUAAGCUUAUUGAGUCCUUGCAAGCCUGAUAUAUACAUGCACUAAGCCUUUACUUAGAAGACGUUGGUGCUGUUACAUCCUGAAUAUGUUUUUGGUACAACUGUCAGCAACAUUGGUAUUUUUGGAAGAUCCAAGGUCUUCCGUACCGAUAUUCUCAGCAACCCAAGUGAUAUACGCCUAUGCGUCAGAGUAAAAAAAAAAAUACAAGCUGUCGUUCAUGAUAGACUGCAUCUCCAAGUAUUUUAACCCACUGGUAUCCGUCUUUCAUCAGCGGAUAGGAAGAUAUCCUCUGAUGGAAGUACAUGUACUCAACUCACUGUUUAAUAUUCAUUCACCAUCAGUCUGAAGGUGUAAUACGUUCGAUAGUGACGAUGUUAUCUGAGAGACGCAAGAAACAGUAAGCAACAGAUGUUACCUGGUUUGUGAAUUUUGGAAGAGAAAGUAAUUGUGCAAUAAAUAUCAUAUAUUUAUCUAAAUCUUUUGUCUUCACCAGAAUCUUUUGCAUCAUCUAAAUAUCGCAGCAAAGGGAAACCCAAGUGGAUGAAAUAGUUCUUUUGUAGAAGAAAUAGAGUUUUGGUGUUAAUCAAAUGUGCAUGUUUGUUGCAAUAACUGCAAGGGCUCUUGGCAAAUAUAUUGUUACCAUUUUAGGACAUUGUAACAUUACACGUAUGAGAUACUGUCGAGGACAUCUUUAAAUGGCGAACAUUACAAAAUUUUACACGUC